ACUCGGACUUCCAUCUGUAGUUGCAUUCAUGUAAUGCUCCGAUUCGAGUUGGUACGAUGACUCUUGAGCCCGACGUCUUGCCAAGAGCCAAUCUUGGUUGCAAACCAGUGUUUCAAGAGAUUCAGCGUUAAGACAACUUCGGUAGUCGGUUAGAAUGUUGCCGCCAGCACUGAAUUCUCGUUCAACUGCUACGGUUGAUACCGGGACGGACAACACUUGUCUUGCUAGCAUGCCGAGACAUGGGAACAUGUGUUCGUUCCGCUUCCACCAUCCGAGCACGUCAAAAUCGNCCUGGUACAUAGCAAGUUCGUUGUGCGAGCUUACUGUUGUACCACUUGAACUCGUCGAAGACUGGGCACGCUUCCCUUUCUUUGCAAGAAGGCCACCGACUAUGCCGGCAAAACCUUUUUUUGAUUUCGGGGGCGGAGGUGGUGCUGUUUCUUCUUGUACAGUACCGUAUAACCCUUGAUAUUCCUUAAACAAAUCCUCAAAAAGAGUUAUAGCAUUUAUCUCUUUCAUUUUUUCAUUCUACUAAAUAGCUGUAGUAAUA